GAAGUGCUUCCGGGGAAGCAGGCCCAGGGUUGGUGUUUGUAAACUUGUCUCGGUCCCGGCGGGGGCAGCGGUGGCUACGGUGUUGGCACAGUGUGCUGGGAUCUGAAGGAGGCAUCGCGCGGCGGGUGAGACAGCUGGAGGCCGCGCCUGGCAGGUUUCUGAAACAAGAUUGUGAACUUCGUGGAGAGAAUUCAGUUGGAAAACCAAGGCUGGCACACUCUUCAGACAAUAGGCAGGAGCCAGGCAGAGUCCAGGAAUUCUUGGAUCAUCUAUCUUCCAUUUGGAGGACACUAAGUUUUAUUUGAAGACAAAGGCAGUUCAAUAUGGCAGCAGGACUGAAGGGACAUGAAGGAGUUGUUACAGUGAUUUGGUGACAGUUCUUCAAACAAAAGUGACUUAAGGAAAAGUGGAUCAAGAAACCCCUGAACUUUUGGGUUGCAUUAAGUGAGAAAUCAGCAUGGCUCAGGUGACCUGACACCUCAUCUCCUUUCAACUUAGGCAAGUCUCCUGGCUUGUGAAGGCCUAGCAGGUGUGAGUUUGGUUCCCACUGCAGCCAGCAAGAAGAUGAUGCUGAGCCAGAUUGCCAGCAAGCAGGCCGAGAAUGGAGAGCGGGCAGGUAGCCCUGAUGUGCUGAGGUGCUCAAGUCAGGGCCACCGAAAAGACAGCGAUAAAUCCCGGAACCGCAAAGAUGAAGAUAGCUUGGCUGAAGCCUCUCAUUCAAAAAAGACUGUUAAAAAGGUGGUGGUAGUGGAACAAAAUGGUUCUUUUCAAGUAAAGAUUCCCAAAAAUUUUGUUUGUGAGCACUGCUUUGGAGCCUUUAGGAGCAGUUACCACCUCAAGAGGCACAUCCUUAUUCAUACUGGUGAGAAGCCAUUUGAGUGUGAUGUAUGUGAUAUGCGCUUCAUCCAGAAGUACCACCUGGAGCGUCACAAGCGUGUGCACAGUGGGGAAAAGCCCUACCAGUGUGAACGGUGUCAUCAGUGUUUUUCUCGGACAGAUCGAUUACUCAGACACAAACGGAUGUGCCAAGGGUGCCAGUCCAAGACUUCCGACGGGCAAUUUUCUCUAUAGGCGCAAGGGGUCCUGGGUGGUGGGAGUGAUCAGAAGAACCUACCGAAGAACACAACCCCCCUCUGGUCUGAUGGUCCCACCACCACCCCGUGUGUACCUGUCCCCUUCUGGAGAAGUGGACCCAGGAGACCAGAAGAGUGCACCAGGGGACGGCAGCCCCAGAGCCUCAGCUCUGUAAAUAAUCUGAGACUAUGAGUAUCUCGGGGAAGUUCCUACAGCAUUCCUGGGUAGGAAAGCUAGUCCCUAGACCCUUGGCUGAGGUCAUAGGUGGGGGAUUCAAGGUACAGGACCAAGACUGAAGUGUGGCUCCCACAACCUUGGACUCCAGCUGGCAGCUAAAAUGGAAAAGAUUGGGAGAGAGGGAUUUGUUUAUUUGUUUGUCCUGUUGUUUUUAUUUAUCCAAAAGCAAUCUCAGCAGGUGCACUGUGGAUACAGGUCAUCUGGAGCAUAGAGCCACGGUCACAGGGACUAUGGGUGGUCCAGCCCUCCACCAGAAUUGAGUUUUUAGUUUCAUUUGAUCCUCAGUGUCCCACAGCCCUGCUCCUCACCUCCUGUUUGAAGGAGAACAGGAUCAGGGUGGCAGCUGAGCUUACUUUGGCCUCCUUAUACACUGUAGGGACAAAAGGAAGACCAGUAGGAGGAGCAGACGAGGGCUGGAUCCAAGAAGAGUGGACAGGUACCUGUUAUUUCCUCUGGGGAAGAGUAAGAGUUGUGCCCGUGGGUGUUGUAAUGGCCCAUGCCACACAGGUACCUAAUGGGGUCAGCCUAAGUGCCUUUUGGAGGAAACUUGGGUGAGGGUGGCUGAUGAAACCCUUUCCUUCUCUCUUUGGGCAGUUAACCUUGGAAAUAGUUUGUGGCUACCUCGCUGCCAUUGAUUCCUAAGCCAGACAGAGGGGAGUCAUGGAUAUCAAAGUAGGUUCUUCCUCCUUGUACCCUCUUAGGAACCACCCAAGACUACUCCUAAGUUGAGUAACGACUGUUCAGGAAACAGGAGUUUGGUGUCCCCUGACCUGACUGUCGAGCAGUGGGAGCUGUUCACUCUGUCCAAGUCCUAUCACUGUAUUUAGGUAGAGGAGAUAAGGAUCUGGCCUUUGGUCCCAAAGAACAAGAUCUUGGCUUCCUUUUCGAUGGCCUUUCUUACCCGUUGAAGAAUUAGGGGGAGAGGUGCUACAGAGAAAGGUCUGAGGAAAAAACCUAAUGUGGGUUUUAUUCUUAACCAUGUUUUUUGCUCCUCUCUGCUCUAACUAACACCACUAGCCUGCUCGCCCUCAAAAAAGUGAUCAGGUAUGUGUGUGUGUGUGGUAUGUGAGUUUCAUGUUUGUAUGCUUGGAGAUGGCAUAUUAUUGAGCCAAACCCUUCUGUGGCCCUCUGCGCAGGGUAGGACGAGCAUAAAGCAGCCUUCCCUGCCCCCAACCCAAAGGGUGCUUGUGGUUCCAGCAGGAGCCGAGGAACUCAGUUUAGGGAACCUAGAGGGCUUUGUUUUGAAGGGUCGUUUGUUUUGUUUUUUAAGGUUGAUUUCAACAGACUGGUGGUUAGGGUGUUUCUAACCCAAGCCAGGGGUUUGUGAACAUGAAUUUUCUAAAGUGAAAUAAAAAACCCUUUUCCUGAUAAGGAGAGGAUCCUUAUGGAAGAAGGUUCUAGGGUUUGUGGCCUGUGUUCUGUGGCCUGCCCUGAGCUGUGGGGUGGGGAGUAAUCAUGGAGACUUGAUGAACCUGACCAAGCUGUCAGUGGGGAUCUGAGAUGGCAACCUCUAGGAAAUGUGAUUUGUUUUCCCAGAAAAUGUAGGGAACAGUAGCAACAAACUCCUUGCUGUUACCUGUUCUGGAAGAAACAGCAGGGAGGGAUGGGGCCCAGUCCUCCAUACCUCUGAGGUGUGAGGAUUUCAGGGAAAGAAAAGAGGCAUGGAACCCUUGAGGUUUUCCUUAACAGCAUCUGAAGCCCUUUGGGGGAGACUGGAGAACGUGUUUGCCGCCCUCUGCUCUUCUAGCUUUAGGCUGGCACUUCCAUUGGUUGUGUCCAGGACCUAGACCUCAGUCCUUGGAUCUGCCCUGUGGUCCUUGUAAGCAGGGCGCCUUUCUGCAUGUGAGCCAGCCCCCUUCCUGUGAGAAUGCUCUUCAGGCUGGAAUUUGUCUGUCAUUCACCUCUAGGAAUAUAUUCUGGGGAGAAGGAUACAUUUAGAAAACUGUCCUCCCAAGAGUGCUUUUGAAAAUGGGAGGCCUUGCUCCCUGCCACUUGCAGCUAAUUCGUGGGUUGGGGUGGGUGGGUGUGGAGAGAAUCAUGUUGAGUGAAUGUGUAUUUAGGUCAAAAUGUGCUUUGGCCCCCAGCAGGCCUCAGCUUCCUGCCUGAGAGGGUGGGAGAGAGGACACCACCCCUGCCGAGGAUUGGGUGUGGGGAAGACUCAGGAGCAGGUGGUUCAGUUGUCCAGGUGCUGAUGUUCUGGGGCCAUGGAUGUGUAGGAGAGGGGAGCAAAGAGGUGAAAGGAGUGAUUUAGCAUCCAGAGGGUCCAGGAGCCCCACUUAUACCCCAGGGAAGCCACAGACAAAGACCGCUGUGAAGGCUCCUGGGCCCGAUACCCCACCCUUCACUUUUUGGGACGGGGUCUAGCACUGGAAAGAUGCCUCAGGUGUGUUUAGAGUGAAGGGAAAGGGAGAUAGGGCAGGUUCUCAGAGACCAGGACAUGGAAUUUGGGGACCUGGGAAAGAGUAGCACCAGUUCCUGGGUGAGCUGCUGUACCAGGCCCUACCAGCCCUGCCCUUCCCAGCACCCCAAGUCUUUUCCGUCUACCCCCAACAGCCUCUUUUCAUCAUUAGCUACUGAUUGUGCCCCAUGGCUUGACAUUGGAGGGUUAAAGGAGGCGCAGAGUCUCGCCACAACUUUUAACUCUCUCCCUAGAUGCUCUUUGCCUCUGCUGUAGCUCUGGGGCUUUUAUCUUAACAAUCCCUCCUACCCUUUCUCUCCACCCUCUUUUUUUUUUUUAAUACACUUAUUUUGCUAUGGGGGGGGAUAUCAAAUGAACAAGAUCACUUUUAAAUGGUAGUUUUUAUAAGAUGUUAUAAACUUGUAUCUUUUUACCAUUAAAGUGCAGUGUAUGUUCCUUCGUGAUAUAUUUAGAAUAUUUAAAUAAAAAGAAAAUGGGGCUUUUCUA